AUGUCUCUCCAACAGUCUAACAACCAGUCUCGUCCUGUGCAGACUAGCAUGCUGGCCAUGCUUCUCACAGAGACCAUAUUGAACAUCAUUGGCGCAAUCAACGACAACCCCGACGGUUACCAGACAGCAGAAAGCCUCGAUCAUCUAAGCCAGACAUGUUCUCACCUGUACGACCUCGCCCGACCUUUUUUCUUCCGUGCUAACGAUUUCAAACAGUUCUACCUGUCUGUCCAUGUGGCCAAUAUCGCCAUGAUGGAUCGCUGCGAGUAUUACAACGCAGCGCCCAUCGACACAAUGUGGCGUUACCUUCCUCUGAGUCCGUUGCAAGCUCCUCGGCUGCAGACAACUGUGGACCUUCUCCUGAGUGGCGUGGACGAGGACAUUGGCUCCUCGGAAGAUGAGCACCAACCGAGAAUUCGCGAUAAGAAGCGUUACAAGAUCUUCAACGCUCUAGAAUGGCUUCUCAAGAGAGGCGCCAAUGGCGAAACCGCCAAAUGGGUCGGACUCAACACCGGGCGUGACAAAGUCAUGAAGCCGCUCGGCCACAUGAGUACGAAUCUGCUGGAUCAGAUGCAACGAGGUAUCAGCAAGCGCGCCAUGGAAGUCAUCUUCAGUAUGAUCAAGUUGUUGAGCAGCCACGGGUUUCCUAACCCAACUCGCGCUGACACAUUCUUUCUCUUUGGGUCUCUGGUAGAUAAAUUACGGUGGCACGGCGAUAACCCGCGUGACUACUUUCUCAUGUCACCACUGAAUACAGCGCUCAAGUCCCAUGUGAUUCCUUCUGUUCUGGAACUCAUGUUGAGCGAGCAUGCUGAUCGGGGCAUCAAGCUGAGGGAUUGGUACGACGAGUGUCCAGCCAGCCUUGCCAGGCUUGCAACACGAGAGUAUCUCUCAGGUAUAUCGUCGAUCCAAUGGAGCGAAUUCACCUCCAUCGACAAGCUCAUGGACAUCCUCCACGCUGAUCUGCACAAAGAAUACACUAGGUGGGAAGAAAACUACUUUGGUGAGGUCGCAGACAUUUUCAAGGUCAAGCUCAAGCUGAUGAUCGAGUACGAAAUGAUCGACGCCUCAGAGGAGGCUCUUCUCAAAAGCAUCGAAGCAGCUCUCUACUCCAUCGCUGCAGAUGGCAUGCAGGCAGGUCAUUAUGACAAAGAGUACUUCAAAACGUCUUGGGAGAAACUCGGCGACGCUGUAAGGCCAUUCGCUACCGAUGUCAACCUGGUAGUGGAUCCUGAGACGCAGCUUAUAAGCAGUAUACACCGCGUCCACAGAUUCUACGUUCACCCGGAGUGGAAUCCGUGGGAGUCGUGGUUCCGGCGACAAGACAGAACUCGACAUGAACGAUGGCUGUCUGGAGACCUAGAAGAGGGAGAGGUGCGCCCUAGGCACAACCUAUUCGGUCAUUCCAUGGAGUAUGGCCGUGCCGCUAGUCUUGGGGUUCCAGAGUGGCACACGGUCAGUAUGGACGAGUGGUACGCUUCCUUCCCGCGCUCUGGAUAA